GCGGUGCAAAACUGGUAUUCAAGCAUUUCGCCUCGAACUUCCAGUAGGACGAGCAUAGCUGUAGUAUACAGAUUCCAAGUAUAUCUUAAGCUAUAUGGCGUUCUCACUACACCAUAAUGAACGCUAUUUGCGAUCGCUAGAAGAUUUUGAGUCAGACGUAGGCUCGCAUCCAGCAAACGCGCAAGUCUUCGCUACUAAUGACUUUCUGGAUGUUCUCUAUAACUUAAUCAAGGAAGCCAACGAUCAAACGAAGGGCGUUGCCGAUCACGAUGAGAGCUAUGAAAGCGAGAUCGAGAUACUGAAAGCGGCCAUUCGCGCUUUUGCGACUGUCGUUCCAUAUGUCUUUAGCUCUGUAUGCCAAAAUGAAGCUGAAACCCGUCUCUGGCAAAAUGUCAGCGCUGUCAAAGAAAUACUAUUACAAUCGUUGAUUCAUCACCAAAACCAAGGUGUUCGAUUUGCAGCCAUCAAAUGCGUACAAGUGUUCAUUCUCCUACAGUCACGAAGUGAAGGCGAUAGGUCAAAUUCCAGCAAUGAUAUAAACAUUUCGUUGGUCCGAGCAGAUCAUAGAAUACUGAAGGUUGAUCAGUUGCUGGAGGAGGCACUUUCAAUGGUGAAGAUAAUGGAAUCAUUAUUGAAAGCCCCAGAUAUGACGUCUCCAACAAUCACAGCUACGCUAAAUUCCCUCGUACCUUUAAUGAAGAGGCGGCCACAAUUCGUUCCCGAGCUUACUACUGCGCUGAUUAGCUGGAAUCGUCCGCCUUUGUCUCAGCUCUCAUCUGUCCAAAUGCGAAAUGUCGACAAGGCCGUGAAGCUGGUCUUCAUCACCCUCAUUCGAUCAGAACAGUUGUCCAGCCAGAGAACCGAGCUUAUCAACGCUUUUGGCGCUGUCGGUGGAGAUGCUGCAGGAAUGUUCCAGAGCCGCUCACAAAAGUUGAAAGAAAGAGAGCUUAGAGAACGCGAACGAAGGGAGAGCAGCGAAGAAAGGAGGUCUGCGGAAAGAAAUGUUUCCAAGCGAUCAUUACCUGAUCCAACUAGUGUGUCAGCAGAAAAACGUCAGCGAAUGGGAACUGAAAGCAACGUAUCACAAACGAAUCUCUUGGCCGGUUUCGACCUUGAAUCGUUGCCGCUACCCAUGGUUGCCGAGUUUUGCUUAGCUAUCCUUCAAAACACCACAGCUGAGAUUUUGACGGAACGACUACCAAUGGUAUAUCCAGCCCUUAAUACAGUGACAACGGCACAAACAUCAGCAGCGCCUCUAUUAGAAACUAAAGUUGCUACACCUCCUCAAAUCGUUGGUGCACGAUCCCCAGAUAUGCACGGAGUUAAGAUUGAACCUUCAUCGUCGUAUGGAAAUAGAAGCGUAUCGACGCCGACUGGCCAGGGAAAUACACCGGAACCAGAUAUUGUCAAGAAUGAAGGUGCGAUCUCUUCCGAGGCAAAUUCAGAUUUCAAGACGAUUACUGCUGUCGGCCGCAAUCCCCUGCCCAGUGCUCAGGAGCGCGUUAUCCAGUCGCUAAAGAUGCAGCCAUAUGCGCUCGCAUCUCCGCCAGAGUUUGAUAGGCGCCAAAAGAUAGAAAUGUUGAAACUUGCAGUGCAACGUAUAUUGGAAGCAGAAAAAUUGUCACAGCAAAAUUUACCGAUAAUUGAUACCACCCAAGACGAAGACGCCAGUCGUAGACAAGCAGCCGUUACCUUCAAUUCUCCUUUGAAGACUACAUGGAUUCUGCUCAUCGCUAAGCUUGUAGCCAAGGGAGUACAGAUAAGUAAAUCUUCUGAAGACGCUAGUGACGGUACAAACACGGACACGAAAAUGGAUACAGACAACUUGGAUAAUGAUGCCACUUCAAGCGAAGUGGAUGAACUGCGUGAUAUGCUACUAGAAUUCAUUGUCGAGAAUUUACCUUAUCGCCAAGAGCUUGCUGUGCAAUGGAUGUAUGAAGAAAUGCGCAUGGAUCAACAUUACGCCAACUCUCAAGAUUACCAGCCAAAAUAUUUCCAUUGGUUCAUCAAAUUAGUCAAAUCUGCACUUCCAUUUCUUCGCAACGAUGAUCGCUCGAUGUCAAAACUCUUACUAGACGCACCGGAUCUCAAUGCUGAGGUUGUUGGUUUGCUGAAAGGCGACAUGGAGAGACGCCCUGAGCGUUACAAGGCCACUAUACAAACAUUGCAUGACCUCGCUCUACUCAGACCACCCGUACGGUCGUACUGUCUGGAUGUUCUCUUGGAGUAUUGUAUAAAUCACGACAACAGCAAGCGGGCUUUUGCCAUUUUAGAUGUCAAGAAAUGGGUGCCUGACCAUGCUAUAUCACCGAUCAUUGAAGAGUUUUCUAUACGAUCCCUGCGACGAUUAUUAGAUGACCCUCCUGAAAAAAUUAAAGAAGAUGGUAUGGAAACCGAACCGGCGCAGGCUGAACCAAAUGGUACCUCAGCGAUGGACGAAUCUGGUGAUUUACCUAAAGGAACGAGUGAGGACGCACAAGCGAAGGAAGAAAAUGUUUGGGAAAGGGAGAGUGUGAUUCCCCACUUAGAGCUUUAUUUUGCGCUCUGCUUGAAGAAGCCAGAACUUCUGGAAUCCCUUUUCGAUGUAUAUAUCAACACCACAAUACAAGUUCAGCGAAUCAUUCGGCAACAUAUAACAGGUCUCAUUAGAAACAUUGGCAUGCACUCGCCCAAACUCUUAGAAAUCAUAGGUAAUUUCGCUCCGGGAGGCGAAACUCUGAUCGUUCGCAUUCUGGUGGUCCUUUGCGAUACAGUACGACCCACCCCGGAGCUAGUUGACGUCGUCAAAAAAGUCUAUCAAGAACGAAACUUAGAUGCCAAAUUUCUUAUUCCGGUUAUUUCAGGUUUCAACAAGGAUGAUAUUAAGCAGCAUAUGCCUAAAAUUGUUGGCUUGCUGAAUGGAACGGAAGCUCAACGCAAGAUUGUUCGAAAAGUUUUUUCGCGUAUCAUUUCAGAUAGUGGAAACGUGUCGGCUCAUAUGAAUGCAGUUGAGCUCUUGGUUGUUUUGCAUAAUACCGAUCAAAACGUUAGCCCCAAGCAGGCGAUUGAAGCCAUCAACAUCUGUUUUUCGAUGACGGAUAUUUUCACGUCGGAUAUCAUUUCCAAGGUGUUGCAGCAUCUUAUGGAGCAGCCCAAGAUUCCGCUGUUAUUCAUGGUCACCUUAAUACGAAGUGUCGCUGAGCACCCUGACUUGGUAAACCUAGUUUUGAUUCUGUUACAAAAACUUAUAUCUAAGCGAAUCUGGACGAGCCCGAAGCUUUGGGAAGGGUUUGUUAAAUGCAUACAGAAAACUUAUCCUCAGUCGAUGAAGGUAGUUGCGAAUCUCCCAAAAUCACAAUUGAUGGACGUUCUUACAAAAGUACCAGGCAUUGCCACUGGUCUUCGUGAGUUUGCUGAGCAAAACGGUUUAGGCCGUGUGCUUGUUACAAUGAACGAGAUGGGGCUAAUAGAAGAGGAGCAAGAGUAAGAGCAUUUAACAGCAGUGGUGCCAUCCAUAUUUUGGCGAAUUUGCCGAAAUGACAGGCUCGGACGACAUCCUUGCUAGCUAUAGAUGAUUAAAAUCACUCAAAAUGUAUAAUAAACCUAUUGAAUCUAGUACUGAACAUGUG